AACGCUUUCCAACAUGGCUGCUGUUGUACAGUGAAGCAUCAGAAGUGUGUUUAUAUGGAGAGAAAAAGGUGUUUUUUUUCAGGAUGUGCAGAGAGACUCGAAAAUGAGGACAGUCUGUCUGCCGGUUCGAUUGGCUCACCACUCUCAACUCUUUGCCAACGAGAUUGCUGACUCUGGGGGUUUGUGUCAGUUGAAACUGCUUAUGUGUUCAAGGGCUCUGCAUCAACGUUAUGACGUGAUUCCUGUGCAGCACCUAAGGAAGUAAACAAAACCAGAUAUCCCAGAGAGAGUUCUCCACUUUUCUUCUGUCACACUGGCAAAGGACGCAGUGCAGGAGGUCUUAACAGGCAGAGAACUGCUUUCUCUCCUAGCUUUCUCUGUGCGCAUCUUAGCCACUUGAUCUACAGCUGCUGGAAUCAAAGAUGUGUAGCAUCUAGAGCUGGACUUUGUGUGGCAGAACUGACAGUAUUUGCCAGAUCUUUGCCUAACAAGGAGCAGAGCAUGUAGAGUGGCUGUGGUUGCCAUGGAGCCAAGGGAUAAGAAACAGGAGGAGGAUGCUGUGACUCUGGGCCUUUCAACUGGCCAGGCUCUUGAGAAGCUCCGGGACCAGUUAAGCAGCUUGCUGGAACAGCAUCAGAGAGUUGCAUGCAGACGAACAUCUGUGCUGGAACAGUGGCAAAAUAGCUUCCUUUACCAUGGUAAUCGUCACUCUUGUGUCCAUUGGCCGGGUGCUGCUCUCACUCUGCUGGUGGUGGUGGGACUCGUCUGUUGCCAUGGUAGCCAGCCGAAGGGGAGUUCUGGUAUAGAGCUCCUGAAUGCCGCUGCUCUCCUUCUCCUCUUGGUGCUGAACCUGUGUCUGGGUGGACGCCAGGAGAGACUGAAGCGAAAUGAGAUGAUAUGGCGCCUAAAGGCCAUCAUCACGCAGCUCAGUGAUUACUUGUCAACCUGUGUUGGUGAAGUGAAAUGGCCUUCGUCUCUCUACCCUGACCUUUACACACCCUCAUCCCCAUCGUGGUCCCUCCACUGGACCUAUCGUGACUCUCAGCUGGUUAACCUGCCUGUCAGUCUACUGGUGGAAGGCGAUAUCAUUGCUUUGAGACCUGGUCAAGAGGCCUUUGCAUCGCUUAGAGGCAUUAAGGAUGAUGAGCACAUUGUGCUUGAACCAGGAGAUUUAUUCCCACCAUUCUCCCCUCCUCCUUCACCACGGGCCAAUGAGAAAAGAGGACCCCAGAGCCCCCAGCAACACCGCCUCUUCAGAGUGGUCCGUACUCCAGUCCUGGACACGAUAACGAACAAUUUGGAGUUGGCCCUGUCUCGCCCAGUCACUGUGCUCGAUAAUGAGAGAUUUACAGUACAGUCGGUUAUCACCAAGCUAGUCUGUCCUGUUGUACUGGUGGCAUUCCUGCUUGUUAACACUAUUCGCUUUCUUCUUACUGCCCCCAGCCUCACUCCUAGAUGCUACAAUUUUGUUCAGCUUCAGCUAAUGGGUGUUCUGCCCAUUUUGCCCCUGCUCUUUCCUAUUAUGUGGGUGCUGGUGAAUGCUUACGGAGAGGCCAGGGUCCUCGCUGAGUUCAGCCGUGUGUCACCAGCUGGCCUGCUUGCCAAGUUCUCUGAGGACACUCUAAGCAGCUACACCGAGAUGGUUUCCUCUCAGGAGAUGCUCCGAUGUGUAUGGAGACACCUGGUUGCUGUCCUGAAGGGAAAAUCUCAGACACUCUGCUGUACUUCCAGCCUUUUACAUACACUGGGAUCUGUCACAGUGAGUAUUAGGAUUUUACAGAUCCUCUACGCCCAGCCUAUUCAAGCAACGGCCUACGGGCCACAUGUGGCCAGAAAGAACAAUUCAGAACCAUUGUUUUCUUCUUUUUGUCUGUGUUUGUCAGGGUUCACCCCUGGUGCGAGAGAGUUGUUUAAACAGGAGAACCACUUGACCCUCUACCAGCUGCCAUCUGGAGAGAAGACCAAGGAGUUCACAUCCCACCGCCUUCAUUACUUCACCAAACGCCAGCCUCCCAUCUCCCAUCUCAUCUCUCUGUUCGUACGAGACUCUUCAUCCAAUAAUGUCCAGAUGCUGUCACAUGGUUCAGCUGACCUUAUCCUGGAGGCCUGCACUGACUUCUGGGAUGGAACUGAUAUCUACCCCCUCUCAGGCUCAGACAGAAAGAAGGUCCUGGACUUCUACCAACGUGCCUGUCUAUCAGGUUACUGCUCAGCUUUUGCGUAUAAACCCAUGCAAGUGUCUCUGUCCAGCCAGCUGAAUGGGAAAUGUAUGGAACUGGCUCCUGGUCCCUGUCUGUUUUCUGGACUAGAGUUGCCCUCCACGACUCCCAUCAAACACAACUCCUGCAGGAACAGCUGGAGCUCAGAUGAAGGUAUAGGUGAGGGUGUGGAGCGUGACGACUGUGUUCAGGCCCUAAGCGGGCAGAUCUUUAUGGGAAUGGUGUCAUCCCAGUUCCAGGCAAGGCUAGACACGGUCCGUCUCAUUGAUGCCCUCGUCACUGCUUGCAUCCGCUUUGUUUACUUUUCCAUGGAGGAUGAGCUCCGCAGCAAGGUGUUUGCAGAGAAGAUGGGUUUAGAGACAGGCUGGAACUGUCAUAUCUCUCUGACACCAAACGGAGACGGUCCCUGUGAUGGAGCUCCAUCAAGCCCCAGUCAUGGCUCCCUGCAUGAGGAUUUGAACCAAGAUUCUCGGGAUGAAGCUGAAGGUCCCCUGCUACCAGAAGAGGAAGCCCACUCUGACCUGGCCAGUUUCCAGCCCACAGAUAGCGAUGUCCCCAGCUUCCUGGAGGACUGUAACCGGGCCAAGUUACCUCGUGGGAUCCACCAGGUUCGUCCUCAUUUGAAGAACAUUGAUAAUGUGCCUCUUUUGGUGCCACUCUUCACAGACUGUACACCUGAAACCAUGUGUGAAAUGAUCACGAUCAUGCAGGAAAACAGGGAGGUUACGUGCUGUCUGGGGAGCGCUGGCAAUUUCCGCAAUAGUCGCCUGUUCCUUCAGAGUGACCUAAGCAUUGCUUUGGACCCUUUGUAUCCAUCUCAGUGUUUGUGGGAGACGUUUGGCUAUGCCACUGGUGGAGGGUUUAAUGGAGAGGUAGAAGGACUGUCUCCAUUGAGGCUGUCUGGACAGCUCAACAGCAUGGGCUGUUCUGUUACCUUCCACCAAGGAGAGAGUGUGAGCAUGGUCAAACUCAUAGAACAGGCACGACACACAACCUAUGGCAUUCGCAAGUGCUUCCUCUUUCUGCUGCAGUGUCAACUCAGUCUGGUUAUCAUCCAGUUCUUAGCCUGUUUAGCUCAACUUCCUCCUCCCAUGAACACCACUGACAUCCUCUGGGUGUCAUGCUUCAGCUGCCCUCUGCUAAGUGUGUCACUUUUGGGAAAGCCACCUGAUAGUACAGUUAUGACAGUUGCCACAGGGAAGAACCUGGACGCAAUCCCAAAGAAGACUCAGAACUACUUCCUUGGCUGUUUCCUGUUGAAGUUUGGCCUGACUAUGUGUGCCUACCUGUUGGCCUUUGGGUUUAGCCUACAAGCGGUCUGCCUGAGCAGUUUGUCACACUGCAACCUGAACUCCUCAGACAACACCACUGCCUCCUGUAAUAUAUUUGCAAAGAGCGUUUCACCUAGUGCACCUCAGUGGUUCUUUGAACUGUCUAACGGUCUGCUGAUGACGCAGAAGAUCAUGGCAGGUUUUCUUGUCUUGCACACAGUGGUAAUCUCCCUGAGCUAUGUCCAUCGCUCGCAGCCUUUAUGGAAAAAGAGCCCAUUCAGCAAUACCUGGUGGUGUGUCACUGUACCUGUGGUACUGGUCAGCCAGAUUGUUCAAGCCACAGUGGAUUACCAGUUGUGGUGUGACAAGACUACUGUCCUGUGCUUUAAACUGGCUGACAUACCGCUGGAGGCCUGGCUGCUAGUGUCUGUCUCCCUGCUGCUGGUGGUUGUAGUCAAUGAAGUGGUGAAGCUACAUGAGAUACGGGUGCGAGUUCGGUACCAGAAGAGACAGAAGUUGCAGUUUGAAACAAAGCUUGGAAUGAACUCUCCGUUCUGAAGUCGGUUGGUGUGGCAAUACCAGGAGCCAGCUUGGUGCACAUGCUGUAGCAGACAAUUUAAGCCUAACUGCACUGCGGCCAGGCGGAGCAAAAGUCGAACAGCCAUGAUGGCAGUUUGACACAUUUGUUCAAGCUUCUGGGACCGUUUUUUAACAGUUGAUUCAUGACAAAAAAGGCAGGGAAAAGAAAGACUCCAAAGAAUCCAAUUUAAUUACAAACAUUUAAAUGAUGUCUGAAGAAGCUCCUGCUUCAUCUUCUUCACAUCUGUUCUACAUCUGAGAAACGUUUUACAUGGGGUCCACUCCAGAAACGUUCCACUAAAUGCUACUUCACUUUCAGAGGAUCUUAAUGUGACAUCCACUGAGACAUAUUGAAUUGUUGCAUAUCAUCUGACUAACUUUGAUGAUCUUUUUUUUUUUUAAACAAGUCAAAUGGGAACACACCGGGCUGAAAAAAUGGUACCCAUGGAGCCCCAAAGUUUGUAAUAAUUAUAAAUAUAGGCAUGAGUACUUUUGAAGAACUUAGUUCUAUUUCACUAAAUACAUAAACAAACAGUCGAAUAAACUUUGUUUGUGAAAACAUUUCAGGAGGUAAGAUGCACAGUUGAAUGUGUUUUUAUUAAAAAUGGCUAAUUUAUUUUGUAAAGGAGGUUUUCCCAUUUAGAGUUAAAAAGGAAACUAAAGCAUGAAGUGCCACUCAGGUUCUCUCUCAUGUUUGCUGAUGUGUUUGGGUUUAUUUACUGCACUAAGUAGUUUGUUAGUUGACAGGAACAGGAACUAUUUAGGUUGUUGAGCUUGUAACAGAGAAUAAGUCUAGAGUCAUGAAGAGAGACAUUAUGCAAUACAACCUGACAACAAGUCAUUUUUUUUACCCCUGAGACAUAAAAGGUUGAUGGGGUCGUCAAGGGGAGCAAUGUGGACACCCAAGUUUGGGAAUGUAAUAACUAGAGAAUGUAGCAACACAGGAUUUAUUAUUUUUUAAAUUGAUACGUGGGUGUAUCUACUAAAAAUAUCGAAUGAGUUUGAAUCUCAGUGGCCUUAACCUUAAGGUCACAGGUCAAGUUCUCUGAAAAUCUUCAGAAUACAAUUAGUUGAGAACACGUUCCUCAACAGCCUGCAAGAUUUGAAUUGUAUUUUGCUAUACACACACACACAUCUGUGUGUGUGUGUGUAGCUGUAAUGUAAUUUUGCAUUUGUUUAACAAUAAUAAUAAUAACUCUGAAAAUAAAUUUUGCCAGGGGCAUGUUAACCCUGUAAGUGAUCGAGAGUUAAAAUUGUUUUUCAGAAAAUGUAAAAAUCCCCCCAAAACCUUUGUUUUGAGUUGGAAUUGUGUAUAUAUGAUAUUGUUGUUGUUUUUUUAAAAUUUUUUAUAUGUAUGGGAAUAAAGUUGAAUUCACAUAUGGCAUGUGCAGGUUGCAAAGUUUGCAAUAUUCAUUGGCUGUCACAGUAGUUGUGAUUAAAAACCUCACUUUAUUCCA